UUCUGUAUGUUGUCUGCCUGUCCACAUGAUAUCGAAAGAAUUACAUUAGCUACAGACUUGAAAUUGUGCACGUAGCGUGACCUACCCCUACUUUGUUUAUAUAAUUUAUUCAAUAGUUUAAUGUUGACUGUUAGAUUAAAAAUCUCAUAUAUGAAUAUUGAUCCAAUUUUUAAAAAUUAAUUAGGCUAUCCUUUUAAACUACCAAAAAGUAAUAGUUUCAUAACGCAAACAUUUAUUGUUAUUUUACUAAGGCUUUAUUCUAUGUUUCAGAAACAAAAUGGAAAUAGCCACUGUUUGCACACUUGCUUUAGCGCUGUUAGCGCUAAUAUUACUGGCUAUCUUAAUCAAGAUAUAUUCCUCAUUCAACUAUUUCCAGAAAAGAAACAUUCCGUACGAAAAGGCAAAGAGUGUUUUCGGAAGUGGCAGCGGAUCUAAGAGUUUGACAAUGUUACUGUGGGACAUGUACAAGAAGAGUGGCCAUCACAAGUUGUACGGGUACUUUGUCAUGUGGAGACCAUCCGUGCUCGUGAAAGACUUGGACUUGUUAAAGUGCAUUCUCGUCAAGGACUUCUCUGUCUUCACUGACCACGGGAUGUACUACGACGAAAAGGCGGAUCCACUUUCGGGUCAUUUGUUUGCACUCGAAGGGGAAAGGUGGAGGAAGCUAAGAGCGAAAAUGUCACCAGCGUUCACGUCUGGGAGGAUGAAAUUGAUGUUCCACACGAUCACCAGGUUCGGGAACAAGUUAGUGUCGUACAUCGCGGAAAAACCGGAGAACGAGUCUAUAGAGUGUUAUCACCUCGUGGCCAAAUACACCUUGUCCAACAUCGCUAGCACAGCGUUUGGAAUCGAGUCGGACGUUUUUGCCGAGGAUUCUCUCUUCAUGAAGAUGGCGUUAAGAUUCAACUUACCGAAUUUCGAGCAGUUCUUGAGAUCAUUUUUAACAUUCAAUUUUAAAGGCAUUGUUAAAUAUAUACCUUUCAGAAUUACCCCAAAAGAGGUUUCGAAAUUUUUCCUGCAGCUGUUCAGAGACGCUGUCAAGUACAGGGAGAAGAACAACAUCGUACGAAAUGAUUUUCUCCAGAUGCUCAUCAAUUUGAAAAAUAAUGGUUCUAUUGAAGAUGCUACAGCAGUGGAUGAAAGUUUCACCCUGACGAUGGACCAGUUAUCAGCUCAAGGAUUCGUUUUCGUCUUGGGAGGCUUUGAGACAACAGCGUUAGCCCAGACUUGGGCUCUGUAUGAGUUGGCCUUGAACCCGGAUAUCCAGCAAAGACUUCAGGACGAGGUAGACUCAUUGGAUCAAUGGUCCUACGAGAACAUCCUUGGUCUUGAGUAUCUCGACAUGGUUCUCAAAGAAACCCUAAGGAAGUACCCAACGGUUCCGUUUAUUAUACGGAGAUGUGACGAGAAUUACAAGGUGCCUGGGAGUGACGUCAUCAUAGAGAAAGGAAGUGACAUCAGUGUAUCUGUCUACGGUCUCCACAGGGACCCCGAACUUUUCCCAGAGCCCGAAAAAUUUGACCCGGAACGCUUCGGGCCCAAUCCUUCUCAUGAAAUCAAGCCGUUCUCCUACCUGCCAUUUGGAGAGGGGCCUCGCUUCUGCAUUGGGAUGAGGUUCGCCAAAGUGCAGGCCAAGGUGGGCAUCGCUAUGUUGAUGAAGCACUACACGGUAGAACCGACUGAGAAGACCGCAAUUCCGAUGGUUCUGCAUCCUCUGACCGUCCAGCCGACUGCCAAGGACGGCGUCUGGCUUAAGUUCACCCGAAGAAACAAGCUUUAACAUUAUGUUACGUGUUUUGCCAAUCUUUAGCUCUUUUUUGGGGAUAGUUUAAGAGCUACACAAAAACAAUAGUGUUUUAUAUUUUUAUACUAUAGUCACAUAAUAUUGUGAGUAAUUAUGAUGUUUAUGUUGUGAUAGAAAAAUAGUUUCAAUAAAUUGUGUAACAUUUUUCAUUAUAGUAAUUGUAAAUAUAGCAAUGCAUAGCUUUAAUUAGGUUUUAGUAAUAAAAGUUUGGUUUUGCAAACUACGAUGAAAUGGAAAUACACUUUUAAUCUGUAGCAUACUUCUAUCGUCCAACGUUUUCUUUUAAAUAUAGCACGGCAAGCUAAAUAUAGUAAGAGAUAACAUAAUCGUAUUAAAAUGAAUAUAAGUACGGUAAUCUAUUCUUGCAAUAUUUUUUACUCGAGUGAAUAUUAUAUU